CGUCCAGGCGCGGCAACGGUCCCCAGAUCGCGCCUCGGUCUCUCGUUCAACAAGGCUGAAGUCAUCGUCACUCCGUUUUCCAAUUGAUCUUCAUAAACAAAGUUAUCCAUCACACGACAUGUCAGGACCACCCGCGCGAGGAGGCCUGUCCCUCUACGCCAACCUUCUCGAACCCAGUGGCACAAGCGAUUCGACCUCUACCUCGAACGAUGCUGUCGCAAACAAGCAAGAAGACGCCCCGGCAAAGAAGGCCGUAAAUCCAGCAUUCGCCUUCCAACCCAUCCGCCGACCACAAGUCAAACAACCAAACAAACCCAAACCAACCCUCCCCAAAGCGCCACCCUCCAUAUCCAUAGCAGCAGUCGCGGCAACCGUCAAGACAUCCGAACCCGAAAACAAUGGCACAACUGCUGCCACAACGACAUCAACAGCGAAUGCCGCAGCGCCCCAACAGCGCAGCACCCUAGCCGACUGGGUAGCCACCGAAGACGACGAGUACCUCUACAACGGAUCCAACAACCGACGAGAACGCGGCGGGCGCAGAAAGAAGAAGAAGAAGAACGAUGACCGACCAGUCGAGACGAAUUGGGACGAGCUCUACGAUCCAGCAAGACCUACGAAUGUCGAGGAAUACCUUCGCAGCGACGAGCGCAUCAGGGAGAUUCGCGACUGGAAGGCGGUGUUGUAUGCGCAUAGACGGAAGAGGAGGGACAGCUUUGAUAGUAGGAGGAGUGAUGAAGAGGAGGAAGAGGAUAGGAGGGUCACGAAUAACCAGUUCGCGCCUCCGGCUUCUUUCUCGUUCGCACCACCACCCAUGUCACCACCACGAGCUACAACAACGGCAGCAGCACCAACGCCAGCGGUAUCAAUACCAGUAGACGAAUCCGCCGACGAAGCCUACGCUCGAAGACUAGCACUAUCAGGCAUGGCACCACCACGACGAUCACCUUCCCCCCCUCCACCACAACCACCUGCCGAACCCUCAGCACCAGAUACAGCAACAAUCUCCCGCGCCCCAGUCCGCUACGAAGCUCCACCACAACCCCCCUCCGCCCCCGAAGCCUCCGGCGACGACGCAAUGGACCUCGACUCGUCCGACAACGAAGAAGUCAACUACGACGCCAUCCCCGUCCCCCUCGGCGCCGCCUCCGCCUCAGAAGAACCUGAAUCCGCCUCCUCUGACGCUCCCAAAUCAAAACUACCAGGCCAAGCCGGUUUCGCCGCCCGUCUCAUGUCCAAAUACGGCUGGACCGCCGGCUCCGGUUUGGGAGCUUCAGAAUCAGGUAUCACCUCCGCGCUGCGCGUGCAAGUGGAGAAGCGCAAGAAGCGUUCGGAUGCUGAAGGGGGUGGGUGGGCGGAACCUGGUGGGAGGGGGAAGAUCAUUGCUGGGAAACCUGCCGCUGGUGGUGGUGGUGGUUCGUCCAAGGAAGAAAAGGACGGUGGCAGGUUUGGGAAGAUGAGUGAAGUGAUUGUGUUGGAUCAUAUGCUUGAUGGGAUGAGUGAUGAGGAGUUGAGGCAGGAGGUUGAGGGGGGAGAACUGUAUGAGGAGAUUGGGACGGAGUGUGGAGAGAAGUAUGGAAGGGUGAUGAGGUUGUUUGUGGAGAGGGAGGGGAGGAGGGUGUUUAUUCGGUUUACGGAUGGGGUUUCGGCGCUCAGGGCUGUCAACGCACUCGAAGGUCGCAUAUUCAACGGCAACGCGAUUGUCCCGAGGUUUUAUGAUUUGGAGAAGUUUGAGGCGGGGGUAUAUAAGUAGUGUAGUACGUCCCAGUAUCGUUGUCUAGCAACUCGAACAGAUACCAGACCCAUUCCCCCCUUUGAACAGCCAGACCAUGCCCAAACAAACAACAACCAUGCCUCAUAAGAACCCCAUCACUCCUUUAUUAAAACGUCAAACCCCUAUCGUCCAUCCCUAAAAGUCUUUUCUGUCCAUUAAUACUCCGCCAUU